CUCAAUGUGCUGCGCAUCAUCAACGAGCCCACUGCAGCGGCCAUCGCCUAUGGUCUGGACAAGAAGGCCGACAAACGUGAGCAAAACAUUCUCAUCUUUGACCUCGGCGGUGGCACCUUUGACGUGUCCAUUCUCGUCAUUGAUGGCGGCAUCUUUGAGGUGAAAGCCACCGCUGGUGACACCCACCUGGGCGGGGAGGAUUUCGACAACCGCAUGGUGAACCACUUUGUGCAGGAGUUUCAGCGAAAGUACAAAAAGGACUUGACACAGAACAAGCGCGCCAUUCGACGACUUCAAACUGCCUGCGAACGGGCCAAACGGACUCUGUCCUCCUCCACACAGGCCUCUAUUGAAAUUGACUCCCUUUUUGACGGCCAAGAUUUUUACUCCUCCAUCACUCGAGCUCGAUUUGAAGAACUCUGCGCUGACCUGUUUAGAUCAACCAUAGAACCAGUGGAGAAGGCUCUGCGUGACGCAAAACUUGACAAGGGUCGAAUUGAUGAGAUCGUCCUUGUCGGCGGCUCUACUCGAAUUCCCAAAAUUCAAAAGCUGCUGCAAGACUACUUCAACGGCAAGGAGCUCAACAAGUCCAUCAAUCCUGAUGAAGCAGUUGCGUACGGUGCUGCCGUUCAGGGCGCCAUUCUAGCCGGCGACAAGUCUGAGGCUGUCCAGGACCUUCUCCUUUUGGAUGUCACGCCCUUAUCGCAGGGAAUAGAAACUGCAGGAGGCGUCAUGACCACUCUCAUCAAGCGCAAUACCACCAUCCCCACAAAGCAAACGCAGAUUUUCACCACCUACUCUGACAACCAGCCAGGUGUGACCAUUCAAGUGUACGAGGGCGAGCGUGCCAUGACAAAGGACAAUAAUCUCCUCGGUCAUUUUGAGCUCUCCGGCAUUCCACCGGCGCCGCGCGGCGUUCCCCAGAUCGAAGUCACUUUUGACAUCGAUGCAAAUGGUAUCUUGCAUGUUUCGGCACAAGACAAGAGCACUGGAAAGCAGAACAAAAUCACCAUCACCAAUGACAAAGGCCGACUGUCUAAAGCGGAAAUUGAGAAGAUGGUGCGCGACGCCGAGCAAUUCAAAGAUGAUGACGACAAACAGCGAGAGAGAAUCGCUGCCAAGAACCAACUGGAGUCAUAUGCGUACAGCAUCAAAAGCACGGUUGAGGAUGAAGCGCUGAAGUCUAAAAUUACUGAUGCAGAUCGCAACAAAGUACUUGACAAGGUGCGCGAAGUUCUCAAAUGGCUGGACGACAAUCAGCUGGCGGAGAAGGAGGAGUUCAACCACCGAUACAAAGAACUGGAGAACUUGUGCAGACCGAUCAUGUCCAAGCUGUACCAGGGUGGAGCCGGGGCACCUGGUGGACAAGGAGGAGCGGGUGCGAAAGCAGGCAGUGACGGUCCGAAGAUUGAAGAAGUAGACUAA